CACCCAGAGAAGGUUUACAAACCUGGCAGGAGGUAUGUGUCACACUUCUACUCUGGGGGCACAACCUGCGACCUGACUGGCAGACCACGUCAAGUUGAAGUCAAGCUCAAGUGCAAGGAGUCACAAAGUCCGAGCUCGGUGACCUUAUACCUCCUGGAACCUGAGACGUGUGAGUACACCCUUGGGGUCGAAACCUCCAUCAUCUGCCCACUACUCCAACAUGCUGACACCCUCGGACUUUUUACCCAAAGUCAGGGUAAAGAGGAGGCUGAGGGCACCAUUGAUCCGGCCAUCCUGGUGGAAGAGAUCAUGCAGAGUCAGCAUCCAGAGGGUGAGGUUGAAGAGGUGGAGGAAGAGGUUGAGGAGUUGGAGGUAGUGGAGGAGCAGCAGGUGGUGAUCGUGGAGGAGAAGGUGGUGAUGCUGGUGGAGGAAGAGGGAGUGGAGGAGGGAGAAACUGGAGAUGAGGAAGGGGACGUGAAGGGUGAGCGGCUAUCCCAAAAGGAGAAGUCCAAGGGGGAAACACAACCAUCAGGGACACCCAGGGAGGAAGGACAACCCUGAAGGGGACUUCUGUGUCUGUUCCAUAUCAUACUGUCUCUUUCCUGUUUUCUCUAUUUUUCGCACUCUGUUCUUUCUCUUUUGCUGUUUACAUUUAUAGUUCUCUAUACAUCUACAUAUCUAUCUAUCCCUCUUCAGAGAAGAGAGGAAGGGGACUUAGCAGUGAGGGGCUAAACCGGUGUUUCUUUAAGAAAAUGGGAAUAAAAAGCCAAAAAAAUGAGAUGUAGGCAAAUAGUAGUUCAGUGUGGGUGGAAACCAGUGAAGGUGCAGGGACCAGCAAAAGAAGUUUUUGAGCUUCCUUUUUACCCAAACCAAUAUUUGAUCAUAAUGGCAAAGAUGAUCAUGAUAAUAAUGAUAACAGGAAUGAUUAAGUGCAGUAGGAGUGGUUAUGUGUAGUGUUGAAAAUCAUGGAGUGAUGUUUUCUUACAUGUAUGUGUACAUGUUGCCUACAUAUGCACAUGUGCUUUUUUGCCAUUAGAUUUAGGAAUAUAUUUUUUCUAGCUUUGUGGUAGCAUUGAAGCUCUUGGACUUUGCUUGUGGGGCAAAAUUUAAAAUUUAUUUUUUCAAGUGUCUUUUUUAUACAAGACCCUAGAUUCACCCCUCCCUUAUCCCCUUCCAUCUCUCCUUCCUCUUUCCUCCAUAUUUUGUCUUCUCUUUUCCCUCCUUCUCUUUCUCUCCUUACUCACCUUUUCCCCUCAUUCCCCUCUUCCUCUUCACUUCCCCAUCUGUUUGUGUGUCAUCACUGGGGGGUGGGGGUAGGGAAAUGAGUCUGGAAAAAAUGUUCACACUGUUACUCACGGUUUGCCUUUCUUAAUUAUGAAUAAGAUGUCCUAUAUUGAAUUGGUGUAGCACAGAAAAGUAAGACAAAGAAGUUAAUCAUUGUCAAUGCAUUUACAAUACAUUAUGUAAUAUGGCUGUAAUUUGAAAAGAAAAAAAAAAAACAUGAGAAAAAGAGUUCAUUUUAUGUGGUGUAAAUUGUGCAGGUAUGAGGUGAUAGUGAGGCUAAAAGUAUUUAUCAUCCCCGUUUGUACAGUUACCUCUCCUGUUAACAAAAUACCAGAUAUAAGAAAAUGGAAUUUAAGAAUGAAUUAAGAGAGAAGAAAAUGGAAUUUAAAAAUAGAUUAAGAGAGAAGAGGAAUGCUAAAAGUGUCCAGGUUGUCUUCCCAAAAUGAUUAAAAAAGGAAUCACUAUUAAGUUCUAGUCUUCAGUGGUGCGAGCACAGGAAGAUAACUAAAAAAAAAAAGCAAAACAAAACAAAACAAAAAUUACAAUUGUUUUGUUUUACAAGAAGUUAUUUUGUUUUUUGUUUUUUUCUUUUUUUAAGCUGUUUAUGUUUUGUUGUUUGUCUGUAUUGGGAUGUAUGUAUUUUUGUGUAUUUAGGCAUGUGUAGGUUGUUUGUAAUGUAGGGUUUCACGUGUAAAAGUUGUAUAUAAUUCUUUUUUCUUUUUUUCUUUUAUCCCUUCUCCCAGAGUUGAUUGGUAGUGUGUGGAUAAGAGGUAGGGAAGGGGAGGGUUAUGGGUUUUGUUAGGGUAGCCUAAGAGUGUAUAAGGAGGUUGAUUAUGUCUGUGUAUAUUUAAGCUGCGAAUGAGAGAUUAUUCUGUGAUAACGUUGUGAUUUGAACGUUUUCAUUCCAUCUCCAGCAGAUGUUGGAGGUUGGGAGCUGCAGGACUAAAAUAUUUUCACACAAAGCUUUAUACAGUUAGAAAUACAGUGAAAAGAAGAAAGAAACAACAAAAAAGACAAAGAAGAAAACAUACUUAAAUGGCAGAAUGUUUAGGGGGGGAAAAAAGUACAUGGCAUAUAUAUGAGAUUCAUUGAUAAAUACUUAAUUCAAUACUUUCCAAGACAGAAAAGAAAAACUUGCGAAUAGAAUUGGUAAAAGCCUGAUUAAUUAAAGGGGGGAGCUGGUUCCUAUGAAAUCAACCCCCCAUCAAAGCCAUUAAUUUCCCUGAUAUCUAACGAAUCAAUGAGUUCAGAACCUUUUGAAAAUGAUGAUGACGACCUCACUCUUACUACGUGCUCCAGCCUAGGGAUGUAAAACUUUGUAUAUCACUUGAUAUUGUGCUUUUUCACUCUCAGUUCGUCAGUAACUAAAUGCUCGAAGACGUAUGGUGAUAAAUCCCGGGGCAGGCAGGGUUUUAAAGGUUGUUGUAAAUGACAUCUUCCAUGCCGUUUUUUGCGUAGAAACCUACUGUAUGUAUAGAUAUAUAGAUAUAUUUUUAUGCUGUUAGUGGUUCGAAUUCUUUUGUGUGUAAACUUGUUAUAUGUCGGCAGAAUUGAUGUGAGUGAAUAAAUUGAGAGAUCCUCCUA